AUGAAACGAUUCACCACACAACCCGUAGAGGAAGAUCUAGGCUCUUAUUACUAUGGCGGCCUCUAUACCGUCUGGCUUGGUGAAAAGUUCAAAGACGGCCGACACAGAGUCGUGCAAAAGCUUGGCUUUGACGGCUUUUCCACGGUCUGGCUCGUCCAGGACACGCAUGCCAACGGCGACCCGAGGCGCGAAGUCAUGGUUCUCGAAGCACUCCAGGAUAGUCAAAAUGCCUUCACCCCCACGCUCUACGACUAG